AUGACCUCGGAGGCAAAUUCGGUCCACCCGGUGGAGGUCAACUUCAUCUCUGCUCAGAUGGACGCGUUCACUACUUCACCACCAAAGUCUCCAGCAGAAGCAGCAUCUCUGCGUCUCGACGAUUACAAGCACUAUGGCAGACAGAUGAUCCUCAACGGGAUAGGCCUUCCAGGGCAACUGAGGCUUCAAAAUGCGUCCGUAGUUGUGAUUGGCGCGGGAGGCCUGGGGUGUCCUGCUCUGCAGUAUCUCGCAGCAGCAGGUGUAGGCAGGCUGGGUAUCAUUGAACAUGACAUCCAUCAACUCGCAUCCAAGUCACCGCCACCACCACCGCCCUCACUGCGUCCAACGCGCCCUCCCUCCUCCCCGACUUCGAUCUCAUCCUCGACUGCACCGACAACCUCCCCACGUGCUACCUCCUCUCCGACACCGCCGUGCGCCUCGGCCGCCAGCUCGUCAGUGGCGCCGCGCAGCACUUCGACGGCCAGUUGUGCACGUACAACCUCGGCCUUGGACCCGUGCUUCCGCUGCCUGUUCCCGAAGCCGGCCCCCGAGCUGGUAGGCUCGUGCGAGGAGCUGGGCGUGCUCAGUGCGGUGACGAGCGGCGUUGCGAAAUUGCAGGCGCUGGAGGUGGUCAAGAUCAUUACGGGCCUGCAUGAUAGGAAGCCGACUAUGGUGAUGUACUCGGAGCUCAGUGCGCCGCCAUUUCGAAGCAUCAGGCUACGCUCUCGACGGCCGACCUGUUAUGCGUGCGGAAACGAGCGUGAGAAGGUGGAUACCGUCGAAGAAAUGGACCACGUCAUGUUCUGCGGCGGGGAACGCCCGGAUUGGUUGACUCCGGCAAGGAGGUGCGGCUUGUGGAUGUCAGGCAACCGACCAAGUUUGGGAUCUGCCACCUCCCGGGAUCGACUAGUGCGUAUCGCCUUGCAAAUCGCUGAGCAUACCUCACGUCUAGUUGCUAACAAAGAGCUCGUAGCCAACCCGUCCCUACAUAUCUCACAACCCGACUCCGGAACGAAACUUAAUGGUGAUGGCUUGUCUGACGAACCGUCUGAGGUCCUACCACCAGACGCGGCGCCAGAGGAGACAUAUGUGAUCUGUCGCCUUGGGAACGACUCGAGGAUCGCUGUCGAUGCUCUGCGGAGUGCAGGCACAACUGGAACGGUGAAGGACUUGGUAGGCAGAUUGAGGGCAUGGGCGAUGGAGGUGGACGAGGCCUUCCCGGUUUAUUAG